AUGGAAGAAUUAGUUCAAUAUCGAACUUCAGCUGAUUCUCAUACUAUGACUUCGUCUUUUUCUUCGUAUUACAACAGCAACACAAUCGUGGAUGGUGAUAUGGACUGGCAGUCGAUUUAUACUCUUAAAGAUGUGGCUUCUUGUGUGGAGAAAAUACAACCUGUUCGUUUCAAUGAAAAAAUGCCUUUAUUUUCUACUUUGGAUGUGAUGGCUUAUAGUUCUGGUUAUUCUAUUGGAAGUUGCAAUUGGUUACUGGAAACAAGUUUGAAAAAAAUCGUGGUAAUAUCAGCUUCCUCCACAAGAGCUGAAUUACAUCCUUCGUUAUUGGAUUGUGCUAUUAUGCAGUCGGCGGAUGUUAUUCUGGUUAGUGAUCUUAUAUCUGAUAACAACAAUAAUUAUGAUGUUGGCUGUAAAAAGUUACUCUCUUAUGUAGCUGGUACAGUGGGUGCAAGACACAAUGUAAUACUUCCUCUUGCUAUCACUAGUGGUAUCGUAUAUGAUCUCAUAUGGAUGGUUCAGUCACAUCUUCGAUCGAUUGGAAUGGAAAUUGGCCCUGAACCUCAUCAAAUACCAAUGUAUAUGGUGAGUCCUAUGGCGGAUCAAAGUUUACAAUAUGCAAACAUCUGUGGUGAAUGGAUGACAACGGAUUAUCAAGAAAAUCUCUGGAAAUCUGAAAUGCCCUUACCACAUGGACAUCUUUUAAAAUCCGGUGCGUUGACUACAUUUACUACUAUGGCCUCUAUUCCUAGGUUAACAAAGACAAAGAAGAUGCGAACAUCACCUUGUAUUGUGUUUACUGGAGACCAUCAAGUUAUAUCUCAUGGUGCAACAAACUGGUUUAUACAUCAUUGGGGGGCUGAUCCUCAAAAUAUCUGUCUAUUUACAGAUCCUGAAAUGGUACAAGAUCAGCUACAACAUUACGAUCAAGGUGGAAAAAUGAGAAUGAUGCAUAUACCUUUGGAUACUCGACUUGGUUUAAUACAAUUAAUCGAAUUGUUACGCUUGCACUGGACAUCAACAAACAGUAGAUCUCGAUAUUUAUUAUUACCAAAAUCUUCAUCGUUGGAAUCUUCACCCAGUCAUGCUGUACUACAAGAUUAUCUUUCAAAAUCGAAUGAUAUCACAAUGCAAUUUUACUCUCCUGGAGACAUGCUGGAUAUUGGGAUGAACUUUCAAUGGGAACCUAUCUCCAUUUCAAGCAAGUUGGCCAAGGAACUUAAGCCCAAAGAAAUACCAUGGAUGGCAAAUGCUGAUACGACCAAGAGAAUGGCACCUAUUUCUGGUGAUCUUCAAAUUUACAAUAACGAAUUGAUUUUACGGCGUACAAUACCUCAUUUGGAUCCAGCAUUUUUACUGUCAUCAUCAUCAACAAUGAUCAACGACAAUGAUACACAUCAAGCAAUGGAUGCUUCGGAAAUACUUGAUCGAUUACACAAGGUAAUUAAAUUAAAAAAAAAAGAUCAUUAA